AUGUCUUCCGUUUCUGGAAGUCAACCCUCAAACUUCAACCCUCCUCAGUCUGCUCAGCCCUACAGAUCGUUGUUCGGCGGUUUAAGCAGUCAGGAUGUAGUGGAUCUGGAACCGUAUCCUGAACCGCAGCAGGGUGGGGAAGCGGACGAUCAGAAUGGGUCAGACAUUGAUAUGGAAGACAUUCCAUUUGAGGAGAACGAUCAUUCUGACGAUGCGACUUACGUCGAGAGCGCAGACGAUGGCUCCGAGUCAGAUGAUCAUGCAAGCAACAAAGGCGAGAUCCCGGCGAAGAAAAGAGAAACUGCUACCUCGCUCGCCCCUAUCGACGAACAGCUGGACAGCCCACCAUCAUCGCCUGCAUAUCGCCCUAACAGAUUCCGGGGCCCUGAAUCUACGUGGAGAAAGCUUACGCUCGAGGACCGACAGAAUGCUCAAGCUCUUGAAGAAUUGAGAGCCAGAGAUCUAGCGGCCCAUCUCUACAACGCUUAUGCUUUGCGGGUCAGAGCUCGUGAGAUCGCACGGCAAGCACUGGAAAGCGACAAACAGCUGGACGAGACAGAAGCGUUUGUUCCCUCCAAACGAUGGACGGCGUGGCCUAUGCUUGCGACAGAGGUACCUCGAGCAGGAGAGCAUCUCCGGCGACAAGUUGACGAUGAGUGGACCUUGAGAAUGCCGCCGGAUCCUCGCCCCAGCGCGGAUCUUGAAGAAUCCGUCAUAGCAGUAAUGCUCAAAACUGCUAAAGAUCGGUUCAAUGCUCGAGAUUGGACAUCGAAAGGUUUCGGCUCGCACAAAAGGCGAAUCAUGGCAUCUCUACCUGGAACUAAUGACGAAAGUACCGGUAUUGAUGCUGAAUUUGGGAGCGAUGUCGAUCCCGCAGAUGGACUGGAGCUGCGUCCAGCCGUUCAAGCCGACGAUGACAAGUCUCGACGACAGCUACGGCCCCUUACGCGUAACAUACUCACUCAAUUUGACCGUUUACUCAUGGCUCUGCACCAUGCUCGCAAAGGUGGGAUGGUAGCAGACGAUAGCUCGGCAAGCGAAUGGCAGAGCGACACAGAGAGCAUUGCUUCCAACGCAUCCCACUCCAGAAAGCGGCGGAUUGACGAACGGACAGAGAGAAGUCAGUCCAGAGGUCGAAAACGCACACGCAGGACAUCUCUGCGGGCUAGAUCCACGACCGGUCGAUCCCAGAGCCUACAUGCAUCAAGUGGACGUGCCUCCUCUGUCUCGCGGGGAAGGUCUGUUGAUAGUGACCGCAGGAGGUCUGCGAGUCGUAUGCGUCUGGGUCUUAGGGACUGGAGCGAAGUGCUGGGUAUCGCUUCCAUAACAGGCUGGCCUUCUGCUGCUGUGAUGCGAGCCGCGAAGAGAUGUGCAGCACUUUUCGGCGAGGAUAUGGAAUUCAAGACCCUCAGAGAAGGCAAAUUGGAACAUUCCAAGGAAGGUCAUGUCAACAAAUGGGAGUAUGUCGAGAGCGAAUCCGAAGAAUCUGAGUCUGAGCCCGAGCCCGAGCCCUCUCCCCCACGUCGGUCUCAGUCUCGCAAGUCGCGCUCCCGUGCAGCUUCUACGCUUGGGGGGUCUACCUCUCGACCGGUUAGCCCUGGCUCGGAGGCCGCGGAAGAUUUGCCACGACUCAAAGGGAAAGGCCAGCACCGCAAGCAGGACAUUGUGUGCCCUGUCAAAUCGUGUCCUCGACACGUUAAUGGGUUUACUCGGACGUGGAAUCUCAAUUUACAUAUGAAACGAAUGCAUCCGGGGUAUCGUUCCAGGAGCACCAGCCGAAAGUCUACAGCUGUGAAGUCCCCUGCUCCGUCUGUUCAUGAUUGA